AUGCCUUCUCUCCGAACAACCGUUCUGGCCGUUGCUGCCUCAGCCAUUGCCGUUGUCAACGCCGACUAUGUUAUUGACCCCGAGAGUGUACCCCUGUCUCAACGCCAACCAGGUGUUUGGUGCCAGAACGAAAUAGAAACCUGCCCUAUGAUUUGUAGUCAGACUAGCAAGGGAGAUACCAAGGUCAACGAUUGUGAUCCUAAAACCCUUACAUACGGCUGCAUCUGCGGCGACGGCAAGCAACCCAACGUGUCUGAAUACUCCCUGACCCUGCCAUUCUACGUCUGCCAGGAAUGGGGUAACCAAUGUGUCGAGGACUGUAAGGGUAGUGCCUCUUGCGCUUCUGACUGCCGCCAGAACCACCCAUGCGGUGCCAGCAACCCCAAGAAGUACAACGCCACCUCCACAGCUACCGACACAGCUGCCGUGAAAGCGACAGCCAGCGCUACUGACGAUCCCAAUGUUGUCUACACUGGCACUCCAGGAGGCGACGAUGAUAAUGACUCCGACUCAGACAGCUCAACAACAACAAAGACCAACGGCGCCGCCGUCAUUGAGGCUGGGCGCACAUGGGGCCUGACUGUUGUCUUGAGCACCAUCUUCGCUGGGUUCGCCAUGCUCUGA